CUAAAAGGAUUUGAGGAUCCCCGCUCAAAUCGGAAAGUAAUUUUUCCAGAUGAACUGCGAUUGUGUUCGACGCUGUCGGUCACUGCCCAGAGCGGUAACUCAGGACUGUUGGAGGCGUCUACGCAAUUAUAUUUUAAAUUUGAGCCAAGCAAGCAGUGAUGCAACUGCAAUUCUCGAGCAGCUUGACCGCGACGGGCGCACUGUAGACUGCAGAGCCAGACCUGUUGGCGUCACCGCAUAUAGCCCGACACUUUGCUUAAGAACAUCUGCGUCGGAAGCAUUACUACCUCCCUAUGACAAAGGUGUCCCCCUCUCAAGAUGGCGACGGUAAGAAACCACGCCCCCCGCGGUCGAGGCUGUCGGCUAAGACGGCCGAAUCCCGGCUGCGCAGCUGGCUCACGGAGCAGGACCUUUCCGCGGGCUGCACUUCCUCAGGCGCCCCGCCCAAGCAGAGCCCCGUCAAAAGGCUAUUGCGCACCAAGCGACAAGGCGGCGGUGCGGAGCCUCAGCCGCCUCCGGCGACUCCGCUCUCAUCCAGAGGCGGCGACACUCGGCGGCCGGCCUGGAUAUCUGAGCGGGAUUGGCAGGAGGCCGGCUCUUCUUCGGGCGCCAGGCCGAGUCCCGUGAAGAGGUUGGGUCCCGACUCCAGACCGGCGAAGACGGCGCGAAUGCAACGCAGGACGGCAGCAGUGACGGCCACCGUUUCGGGGAUGCCUCGCCGCCGUCGCUCGCAGGAGGAGGUGUCCCGACAGAGCCAAGCGCUAGCCAGGCUGAGCCUCAGCGACCUCGGAAGCGAGGAGGACGACGUCGACGUCCACCAGGGCGGCGAUGACGCCGCUGGACCCAGUGGCGCCCCCAUGCAGGUCGACCCUCCGGCGCCUUCGUUCGCCGGUGCGUUCGACGAGACGGCGAGGUCGGCUUGGGCAUCCGCGCACACGACGACGGCGUCGUCUGCAUGCGCCGCGACGGGCGAUCCGGGCCAGCAGUCGGGAGACUCUUCUUCUUCGUAGACAUUUGUUGGAAUCGUUUCCUGCUUCGGAACACUAUAUGAGACGCCGUCCGUGUUGGACAAAGGAGCUUAUUAGCACCCUUAAAUUUGUUGUCACGUACGAUUUUUUAAAAGCUUUGAGCUGCGAUGGCUUACCGAGUCGCGGCUUAUGUUCGAUUACCCCCCCCCCCCCUUCUUUUUUUAGUAUAUUUUAGGCUUUUUGAAUUUUGAGACUGCGUGCCCUAUUGUACGUAUAAAUGCAUGUGACUUCCUAA